UUCCUUGAACAGAUCGAAUUUUGGGUUACUUUGCACUUCAAAACCUCACAUAAUUUCUGUGAUUGUUGUUGCUGUCUGAAUUUUACGUUUCUUUCAUCAAUUUUCAACGAAAUUGGGUGUUUUUUUGAUUGAAAUAGUUGUUUCAUAUGAUUAGUCAACGUUGUUCGAUUCUUUAUGUUGAUGCCGGAUUUCGUGUUUUCAGAUUUUGGUACAGAUUAAGUGUAGCUCAAAUUCGGUGAUCAUCUCUUGAAUUUCUUCUUUACCCGUUCACGAUCGUUGUCGGCUGAACCUUGGAGCAACCGGUGAGGUUACUCCUUUGUGACCUUUUCUGUCACGGGUUCGAGUCAUGGAAACAGCCUCCACAGAAAUUGCAAGGGAGAGACUGCAUACAAAGGCUUCUCUCCCCAGCCCUUGGAAAGCUAAAGACCUACAUCAACUAUGAGUCGCUCAGAGGGGCCUCACCGUCCGUUCCUCCCAAUUGGGAAUCCCUUUAAGAUGAUGAUGCCCAAAAGCUCUCAUCUACCAUCAAGGGUGCUAAGUGUGUUCGAGAAAAAUUUAGCUGAAAGAUUCCGCCAAUUGAAGCCAAAUCAUGCAAAUGAUGUCAUUAGUUUUGCAUGGAUGAAAUUGGCAUCGAGUUCCAUAUGUGAGACUCUUGACGAUAUAAGAAAGCUCAUUGUGGAUUUGGAACUCCCGAUAUGCAGCUGGGAUAUUAAAUGGGUUGAUAUGUACCUAGAUAACAGCUUGAAAUUGCUUGAUUUUUGCAGCGCGUAUGGAACUGAUAUUGUGAGGCAAAGAUUUGGGUACGUUAUGCUGAAAUGUGCACUACUCGAUUUAGAUUCCGAUAACCCACAAAAGUUCUUGCAAGCAUCGUCUUCUCUUCAUGAAUGGAGGCAAUAUCAGAGCCGUUAUGACAACUCAAAGCUAGAGGAUUGUUCCGACAUUAUAUGCAAGCUCGAGGAAACCCUAAACUUGCCAAAGAUCAAGAACAUACCCAAAGCCAAGGACUUGGUCCGAGCCAUGUAUGGACUCAAGGUUCAGACCAUUUUCAUUUUUAGCACAUUCGUGGCUGCAUUUUCAGCUUCCCCUAGGAGUCUUUUCGAUUUGCAGGUUCACAAACAAUACUUGUGGCAAGAAUCGUUUACAGAUUUGCAGGAUGUGAUGAACGGUGAAAUAAAAAACAUUCAUGCUUGCGGGAGGAUAUUCCCAUUGAAAGAGCUUCGAACAAUCGACCAAAACGUUAAGAAACUAUACCCGUUGCUUCACGAUGGGUUGGGUGAUAUUAAACAGGAAGAUUUCGAGAGUUAUUGUUUGGAAUUGAAGGAAAAUAAUGAGAAGUUUCUGGUUGGGUUGGAUGAGCUGAAAUCAGAAAUGGAUCGUUUCUUCAAAGUUGUGGUGGAUGGGCGUAUGGCGUUGCUGGAUAACUUUCAACAAGAAGCACCAAGGAGUGGUGUGCAGCAGGUUAGAAUGUGAGUUUCACAAAUAUGUUAUAUGGUUUAUAUUAGUCAAUUAUAUAUAUAUAUAUAUAUAUAUAUAUAUACAGCCAAAUGGUGUAUGUUUUUGUCAGAGUUUUUUUUUUGUUGUUGUUGGUUUAUUAGAUAUGUAUGUUUUGCAUCGAGUUUGUAUAGUUGUAGUAUGUAAGGAAAGUUGUGUAUCUAUGAUGGAUCCGAUAUAUUAUGGUUAUAUCAGCCUGAAAGUAGGAUCCAUACCAAUGGAUUUAAGUGGAUAUGAUACGAUCUAA